UCAUGUUCUCAAACACCUGUCUGCAGCAGAAAAAGCUCAGCGGCAUUGAAAACCACAUUCAUUCACAGCAGCUUCCUUAGCAAGUCCUGGGUAAUGGAUCUGGCUGCAGUGCUGAGUCUGCUUCUGAUAAGCAGUCUGUCUCUCAUCUCAACACAAGAAGAAGGCUUAUUCCAAGAGGAUCACCCCGAGAAAUUCUGUGCCUGGGAAUGCAUGACGUUCACGCUGAUGUGGCCAGGCGCUUACUGUGUGAGUUGGGCUAAGAUCCACUGUAAAAUCCCAGACUAUGUUAAGAACUGGACCAUACAUGGACUGUGGCCGAUGGUAAAGGAGAGAGUUUGUUGUGGAUGCUGGCCUAUCUUUCGUUCUGAUCUCGAGGAGCUGGAACCUCAGCUUUCUCUGCUUUGGCCAACAUUGAUCAGCAAGAAAUCCAACUACACCUUCUGGAAGGAGGAGUGGCACAAACAUGGAGCUUGUGCAGGGUGUGUGGAGGGGAUGAACGCUCCUGCAAAAUACUUCCAGACAGCACUGAAACUGCGCUCUCUCUACGACAUCGACGGCGCCCUGCAUGUGGCUGGCAUAAAUCCUUCGUGUAACACGUCAUAUCAGUUUGACCAGCUCCACUCUGCACUGGCUCCGGGACUGGGAGACCUGCACGUCACCCAGUGUGUUCAGGACCAUAAGAAUCGGCAGGUUUUGGUACAGGUGAAAAUCCCGAUGUACAAAAACUUCACUUUGGGCUGCCACAGACACCACCCGACCCUCCGGGAGGACUCCCGAGAAUCGCCCACCUCCCCCGGACACCCCUGCCGCCACGAGGAGCCCAUCUACUACUUCCCCAUCAGCCAUGAGAACCCCGAAAACCCCUGCGGCUGAACACACGGGAGUCUUUUCAGAAGGUUUUUUUUUUUUUUGUGCAAUGGUUGUUAAUGAAUCGAAUGUAGCUUCUGAAAAGACUCCUCGUUGAUCAUUGUGUGGGGGAGAGGGGAGA